AUGAAAGACCCUGGGAGCUUUCAAAUCCCCUGCAUCAUAGGGGAUAUUAGCAUUGAAAAAGCAUUAUGUGAUCUGGGAGCUAGCAUCAACCUCAUGUCCUUGGCCAUGAUGAAAAGAAUGAGAAUUGAGGAGGCCAAACCAACAAGAAUAGUACUUCAAUUAGCUGAUAGAACAUUCAAGUUUCCUCAUGGAGUGGUGGAGGACUUGUUGGUUAAGGUGGGUGAGUUCAUCUUCCCAGCUGAUUUUGUGGUACUUCAUAUGGAGGAAGAGGCUAACACAUCAAUCAUACUAGGGAGACCAUUCUUAGCCAUAGCUAGAGCUAUAAUUGAUGUGCAAAAGGGAGAGUUGGUCCUGAGAUUACAUGAAGAAAAGAUGGUGUUCAAUGUUUUCAAAGCAAUGAGCUACCCUAGGGAAUCCAUUGGUGAAUGCAUGAUGGUGGACACAAUGGAGAAGCUAGUUUAA